UUGUGUCAGAUGGGAGCUUUACAGGAAACGGUCAACAGACGUGAGGGGGAAUUUCAGGCGCGUCACGCUCCUCCUCCCUGCGCUUAAAGACGGACCGGAGGCAGAGGCGCUCCUGUCGCUGAGCUGCGCGGACCACGUUCAGCUGAUGAGAAGAUGAGCUUCAAAAUGCGCCUGUUUACGGUGACGGUGCUGGCGUCUUGUUUGGUGGGGCCCGCUGUUCAGGAGGUAUGUGACCCGUCAACGCAGUACGAGAGAGACGGACAGUGCUGCAAAUUGUGCGGGCCGGGUACCUCAAUGACACAACAAGGCACCUGUGCUGCACCUCAGUGUCAAGACUGUAAGGACCACGAGUAUCAGGACGGCUACACAAGAGACACAAGGUGUAAACUGCAGCCUUACUGUGACCCACACAAGAACUACGAGGUUCCUGACCAUGAGAAUAGGAAAAAGCGCAGUGCGUGUGUGUGUAAGCCGGGGUUCCACUGCUCCAGUGACGUCUGUUUGUCCUGCGUGCCGCACACGCCCUGUGAACCUGGACACGAAGUGAAGGCUGCAGGUACCCCCACGUCAGACACGAAGUGUGAGCGCUGCCGACGAGGCUUCUUCUCCAAUAUCACUUCAUUCAACAGUGAAUGCGCGCCAUGGACAAAGUGUGCGCCUGGAAUCCAGAUUCACAAAAACGGAACGGCCGCGUCCGACGUCGUCUGCGGAGAAACUCCACGGACUCACACUUACCUGUGGAUCGUUGGGUUUCUUCUGCUUCUUCUUCCUCUAGUCGCACUUUUCUACUACUUAUACAGAAGAAAUGUACAGAACAAAAUGAAGCACUAUUUCUCUGACGACUUACAUCAUGGAAAUGAAAAUAAAGCCUGCAGAAUCAUAACCAUUGAGCCCAACCAACUGGAAACACCCAUUUUACAACAAAUAUCUCAGGAAGAAGGUUCUUCCUCAGAACCGGUGGAAGAUAUGGAUGAGGAAAUCCAGGGACCUGGUAACAAUUAUACCGACAAUGGAAACUAUGUGGUGCAAGAGAGAGGAAAGUCAGAAAUCAUCUCUCGCCAGGAAUCCCAAACAUGCACAUUUACAGACUCAAUAACCCCAAGUCUUAACUAAUUAUCGUUUAAGUCACCUUAAAUCCAGUGACAGUGCGCACACACACACGCAAUGGUCUUCCCUGGACCAUAUUGCAUUGCAUUGUGUGAAGGUUUAAACUGUAAAUUGUUUAGCGGAGUGUUCCGUGUUGUGUGGUGUGGUGUUGUAAAACCCUGCCACAGUAGGUGGUGCAUGUGGGCGUGACCCUCACAGAGCCUCCUCCGCCUACAAUUAGCAUCCACCAGCACACGCUGGCCAUCACAGCAUUACGCUGGUCACUUAGCUUAGCUAGCUCCCCUUCAGCUCCCUCUCACCCACUUGUGGAGCCCCGGUUCCUGACUGCGCUCGCUCCAUUCCACGUCCACUACGACAAAGAAGCUGAUGUUGAGGAAGUACGGAGAACUGGACACCUUCAACACAUGCACGGCUCGUUCGGCAACUUUCUGCGUUUAGCGUUUCUGUGAACGCUGCAAAUAAAAAAAAAAAUGUGUGAAAUGCUAUUGCACAGACCAAGAAGAGUAUCUGUCAGUGUGGGACAAAGUUUUUCUUAUCGACCGUUACACAAAGCAAGAGUUCAGUGUUUUGAUUCUUUUUUUAUCAAUUUUAAGUAUUGCGAAUACAUCACCGAGUAUUUGUGACUUAUUAUUUAUGUUAUUAUGUUAGAGGUUGAAAUCCUCAAUGUUGAGCUUCUCCGAUUUGAUAGAUUUGAGUGAACGGUCCACUUUCUUCAGAGGUUCAUUCCAUUUGAAUGUGUGGCUACGAGCUUGCUUUGGUUGUAUGUUUGUACAUAUUUAAAUAAAUUGAGGACAAAAAAAUAAAAUGACCUUAUUCAACUAUU